AAUCAUGAGGAUGAGAAAACAUUUUGCGCGUAUGACUUCAGCCCAGUAUCGCUGCAAGAAACUCUUGACCGUGCAGGCACAGAGUAAUACCACAUCAAACACUUUCAGUCAGAUGUACUGAUGGCUGACCCUGCAGCAAGCAUCGAGAUCAGCUCAAGCACAAAUUCCUCUGACAACAUCGUUUGCCAGUUUUCUUCUGAUGGUUUUAUAACAUUUACGAUUAUUGCCUAUUCCUUAAUUUGUGUCGUUGGAAUCAUUCUCAACAGUCUGGCUUUCUGGGUCUACUUCUGUCACGUUCCCAACAGCAACAGCAUCAUCAUCUAUUUAAAGAACCUGGUCGUAGCCGAUUUCUUGCUAGUCCUCUCACUGCCUAUAAAAAUCAUUGGAGGAAACAAGGUGAGCUCCAUAACGCUGAGAAAAACCUACUGCAAUUUUGUGACAUGCAUCUUCUAUUUGAACAUGUACUCAAGCAUUCUCUUCCUGGGAUAUGUUGCGGCCACUAGAUACCUGAAAAUUGUCAAACCAUUUAAAAUACAUUCAUUUCAAACUCUCAAGUCUGCAAGAAUUGUCUCCAUUGGAACCUGGUGUGUACUUCUCAGCCUUGGAGUUUCAUACAUGUUCCUGUCAGGGAAAAAGCCAGCCCAGAACAGUACAAAAGAAACAUGCUUAGGAUUUAGAAGUGGUAUGGGAAUUCAUUGGCAUAUAUUCCUCCAUGCUGGAGGCACAUUUCUGUUCCUCUGCGUGCUAAUAGGCCUUUGCUUCUUUUACUUUCAAACUGCAAAACGUCUUGACAAAUCCCCAUCUCCAAGCUCACUCAAAAAGCAAGCCAAGGCAAAGAACAACAUCCUCAUCCUCCUUACUGUCUUCUUAGUCUGUUUUGUUCCCUACCACAUCGCAAGGCUUCCUUACAUUUUAAGUCAGAUAAAUGUCAUCACUGGAUGUUUUUGGAAAAAGACUCUUUACCACUUUAAAGAAUCUGCCGUUGUGCUGUCAACACUUAACGCUUGCCUUGAUCCAGUGAUCUACUUUCUGUUUUGCAAGGCAUUUAGGUCAAAGUUGGGCCUGGAGAGAAACUCAAAGGACAAUGAUUCACACAAUGAUCAGUCUUUACAAACUAACCCUUCACGAACUGUACUCGAUGAACCGACUGCAGCCAAUUCAACAGUGUGAUCGAAAUUAACAUCAAUCUUACAAAAUUGCCUCGGACCUGCCCUUGCAAAGGAAUCAGUAACAUCAUGAUCUGCUCAAAAAAUAAUGAUGGGGGAAAUGGGAAGAAUGAAGGCAUUGAAGUUAUGUAGCGCCUAUUGAAUAAUUACAUCAGAGUGAUGCUUUUUUUGGAAGUAUUGUCACAUUUUUGUCAACUUGUCAGAAACAGUGACCAAAAUCCCACAGAACAACGUUGAAAUGAAUUAAGUUAGUCUGCUAACUUCAUUGCUUCAUCUGAUUUUGUUAUAAACUGACUGAAGCAUUCUCAUCAGGAAAAUUCAUGCUUCAUUGUGUCUGUUUGAGUUUUGGAAAUGUAAUGCUGUACUGACUAACUGGCUUGCCACAUUCAUUGGCACUCUGCCUCUGGAGACAGACAUCUUAAGGUCAGCUCAAUAAAAGCUCUCACUGAGUACACACUGAAGAAGUACAGCUGACCCCAUACAUGAAACAGUGUCCCACAGUUGAUUCCUGUAUAAUAUAUAACAUUACCGUGUCAGGGAAAUAUAGCAACAUACAGCCACAGUGUUUAGUCUUAAUGAGACAUUUUGUUAAUACCUGGAGAACAAGAUAGACCGUUUUAGGUCAAUAUGUUCAGUUAAGUGAUCAGAAAAUUGGGAGAGGGGGAGGGACAAAUACAGCAAAUAUCAUAGAGAAUUCUUCUGAUUACAUUGAGUGCUUGCAGUUUUGUCACCUGACUGCCGUUCUGUACAUUCAGUGGAAAUUGGCUGUUGGUGUGUGUGUGAAUGCUUGCAUUGACAAAGGAGUCCUUUUGGAGGGUG